AAAUAAGUCGCUGCGCCAAAAGAAAUACGAGCUUCAGCAGUAAAAAUCUCGAAACUUUCGGUUUCAAGUUGAGGUCCAGUCGUUCGCCUCUCGAAAGUCCACAGUUGCCUCGGUUUGAAACUGCUGCUGCUGCACACUUUUCAUCGGUCAUGCUCAUCAUGUGCGUUGUGUCCGUUUUCCCUCGGUUUUGAUGGUUAGACUAACGUCCUCUGUGUGAUUUCACUGCAAUAGCAUAGCUGCUGAUGCGAUUCAACCAUUUCGUAUGUGUAGCAUUUAUUCCUCAAAGCAGGAGCAAACAAUCUUCCGUCUCGGAGGACCAGUUCCCUUAUAUCUUCCGCUUGAUAUUGAUUUUUCUACAUUCUUUCUUGGCACAUUGUAUUUGGUGACACAAACGCAAGUUUUAUUUCUCUUUUCUAAUCCUCGUUGUUUAUUGAAAACGUUGCACAGCAAAUUUAUAUCGUUGCUAUCGACCGCCUUGCUUUCGCCUGUAGCCAACUAGCGAUCUCCAGACUGUCAAGAUCCGCUCUGCGCUUUUUUCUUUUUUACAAGAACGAGCCAACGCAAGGCUCUAGUUGAAGAAAAGUCCGCGUGGCCGCCCGACCUGACGAACGUAAAGAAGUCAUUGAGACGGAAACCACGUCAACGCUUCAUCAAUCAAACAUGGGUGCCGCACUCUCCAAAGCCAUAUUCCGUUUGGGCGCGACCGCGGCCGGCGUCGGCGUGAUUCAGGAGCUUCAGGUAUAAUAUACGAGAGUGGAUUUUUCUCUUGCAAGUCUUGCUCGUGGGUCUGCUGACGAAGAGAAUUCGAAGACGCUUCUAUUGAUUUUGUAAGAACAGGACCCUGCUGGCGGGAUGAUGUAGCUUUGGUUCUCGUGCAGUCUAAGUAUUUGCUUACCGGCAACAAGAACAAAGGAACUGUUUUCAUGAUCCUACUUUCAUUAUUCUCGGUUGAUGCUCCCAAAGUCACCAAAGCGGGCAAAAAGUUACUGUUUAUUCCACUCCACAUUUUACAGCCCGUCACCGCCGUGCAGACCGGGGGCCUUCUGGGUUUUUCCGGGGAUGGAGAUUUCCUCGGCUUUCCGAACCGUAGUGGUCCUCAUGGUAUGAGGGUGCACAGCUCUCCCUCUCCCUCGUUUGUCAUGCGAAAUGAGUAGUACCAAAUCAGCCCCUUGCAGCCUCUUGACACUUUUUGCAUGACAAGUUCUGGCAGCUCAACCCGUAUCACAAUCCUGGAUGAUUUUUUUGUCAUGCAAAACCGGCACUUCUGGUCCUGCCGACGCGUGUAUUGCUGUUUGUGCCAACUACAUACAAAUGAGGGGGAGCAAGAGUUGUGCACUCUCAUAGAGGACGGUGGAGCUGUGUCUGAGGAAGAAGGUCCGGGGCUGGAGGUGGUUCCCGCCGUAGAAGAAGUGUCCGGUCAGAAUGUUGUCGUUCAAGAGGACGAACACUCUCUUGGGGAUGAGUCGACGUCCACGUUUUUGUCCAGUGGCAGUGCAGACCGGUACCCGCUCCUCACUGAAACCGCGCCCGCGCUUACCUCCGAAGCCGCAGCCUUACAGGCUAGAAAGCUUCAGCCUCACACUCUCACUCUCUGGAAAGGCUUCCUUCAAGCAGUCGGCGAGCUUUUUUUCAAUUCGUACUCGGGCACUCAGCCGAACAACGCUCUGUUGCCGGACUUUUGUACUGGUUUCCACUCUGCAGAUGGCGGGGCUGCAGAGACAGAGCCGCGGCAGCCACACCUCAAUGGUGGAGAGGAGCUUCCGCCCUCCUCCUAUGCCACUAUCAAGCGAAACUACGAGGUCGAGGAGCAAGGCAAUCCGCGGGCCGCUGGGAUGUUGAACAAGCUCAGCCGCAUCUUACCGAAAAGCGUCGAGCCGUUUUUGGCCCAGAUUCGCCUAUGGUGGGAGAGUCGAUUAUCCGCCGAACGGGUAGCAGAAAAAACAUCGGCGCUUGCGCUACUCGGGAAGAGAUUGCGAUUGGAGAAGCCUAAGGAGGAGACUUCGCUGGCGGGCGCAGACUGGUUGGGACACGAAUGGGAAACAACGCAAAAACUACGCGAACAGCACGAAGAAGAUAAGCACAGUGAUGGAUCUUCAAUCGACACGCGCUCUGAAGAUCAGAAGAAGGAGAAAGAGCUUCGAGAUUUUAAAAACGACCUCGACGCAUUUGCCGCCAGAAUACGUAAUGGGCAGGAACAACUGCCGGAACAACUCGAAUAUCUUUCUUUGUUGGAGCCUCCCCCUUCCAAUACCGUUUUCGUCAAAGAAGCCUCGUCGUCUACUUUUGCCGAGGAAGAACUGGUUGCGAAGGCGUACGAAGUUUUCCGCCAGAUCUCCGAAGUAUGCAUUGCGCCUGCAGCUGCAUCUGGAAGAGGUUUUCGUAGGUUGUACAAGAUGUAAAUGUGGAUGUGGAAUCGAGGACGUCCGAAACUUAUUUAUUUUGUUCGUAGGUCAUUAAUGAAUAUUUCACGGGUUCGUCUGGUUCAACAAGAUCUGGAGCUUUUUACAAGAGCUCGUCCACUAGCCGUGCUGCAAACCCCAGGACGUUUGCAUGAGAAGCAAGCCCUCUGAUGUUGUGGUAGAUGGCGGUUGCGGAAUUUCAGGGGGGUACUGCACACCCCCCCCGCCUACAGGUGGAAGAUGUUCGUCCUAUAAGCUGGGUGUACAGUACUAAAAUUGAUCUUCGUCUUCCGAAGAUCCAGGAGUAUUAACCACGAGCACAGGUGUAAUAAUUACGAUCACGAUGACCAUCUUAAUAUUAAGGUUAACCGCGAAGGCCUAUUCCCACAUGAGUAGUUGCAGGUUUGCAAUGCAUACAGCACUAAACCAUUUUCAUUUUCAUGGAAAACCUUGUUUGGCUUCGACUUCGUGCACUACUUGAGGAAAAGAGACCUCGUCAAAAAAGCAAUCCCCAUUUUCGACGGCGUUUGCGAGCGGUUUGCUGCGCUCGAGAAGGAACGGAGAGAGAAAGAACGGAGGCAGGAGGAAAAGAGACAGGAGGAACUGAUACAGGAGCAACAGACACGGAAGGAACGGCAACAGGCGGAAAAAGAACAAAGGGAAUUGAAGCAGACCGAUCCUGUGCAAUGGAGAGCCAGCACGGGCAACAACGGUAUGAAGCUUGUUCCGGCGGGGCUCCGGCUCGGAACGGGUCACCUGGGGUGGUGAAGAAACGAGGUGGACCUCUUUACACCAACGGCACGCAACAUUCUUCUGGAUCUUGGCGUGUCAUCGAAGAUCAGUAUCACCUUGUCAUGAUUUUCCAUCAAGAUAGAUCAAAAUUAAUACUUAGCGUUAACUUUACAGGUACAGUACACGGGCCGCAACGUCUUUUGCUAAUCUUUCUGUUUCUAUGUCGUGAUACAUGAUUUUUAUUGACCUUCUUAGCGAAGAGCGACAGCGAUUGCCUGGGGAGCAUCUGCACUCUCACAUAAAUAUAUCAAGAACAUCAAAAUAAGUAUGUCAUUACAAAGUUUUCUUUCGCGACCGGAUCCGAUGACCAAGCAGAAGCAUGUUCGUAAGUAAGACGCGACAACACGCCGCUUCAAGUAGCAUAUCGAAGCAAAUAAAUUAUCGAGCUAGAGCUAGUCAAAAUUACACACAGACUAUUCGCUCAGAUGAACGAAAACAUAAAUUUGUAGUGUUGGCUUAGCAGCAGGUCCUCCAGGUGCAGGGACGAGAAAACCUGAUCCGUCACAAGAUACUGCCAUUUGUACACGUCGCGCGACAUUUUUGCAGAGCAGGUUAAGGGGCUGUCAAGUGCAACUUCUUUGUGAAAUUAUUGAUAUUUUUAUUUACGGAUCAUCGAGGUCGCAGCUGCCACGCAGCGUCAUCGUCGUGCUAGCGGCCGCACUGUCAAAAAGAUAUAAAAAGGAUUGAGUUACUGUUAUGUUCGUCCGCUGAGCGCUUGAUGUGAU